CUCACAGCUGCUCUGUGCUGAGGAAACUUCAGUGAGCUGUAUCGGAAAGUGGAGCUCAGAUCGGGUUUAGACGUUUCCAUGGUUGGUUGGUUCUUUUAAGGGUCUUUACAGUUGUUCACAAGCUAAAGGUCAAGCCAUCUCCCUUUUGUGCUUCAGAAAGACAACAAAGUGAGACAUCUCCAGCUGGAAAGGAGAGCCUGUUGGAGGAGAAGAAGCCCUAGACAACUGAGUGAGGAUAUAACAGACCAGACAUUUGCUCCCCUCUGCAAACUUUCACCUAACAACCCUUGUCCAUCAACCCCCCUCCUUCCCAUCCCCUCAAGCCAAACCCUCAGCAAACUGUCUGAAGCCACAUUCCCCACUGACAAGAGGAUCUAACAUUUACUGGCCUGUUUACAGAGAGCCACAGCGGAUAAAGCCUCGCCAAUGGAAGCCCCAACCCUGGCUGAGAUGGGAGACGUGUGUCACCCCUGCUCUACCUCUCCAGACGAGGAGACAGUGUGUGAUGCUCUUGCUCGUUUUGAGAACACGCUCAGGGACGCCAUCAGGGAGAUCCAUGUGGACGUUGGUGCCUUUAAACUGGGCAUGGAGCGCCGUAUGGACGAGACAACCAACCUGAGCGGGCCUUUGGGACGAGCUGUUGUGCAGCUCCAGCAGGAGAACCUGCAGCUCAGGAGUCAGCUGGAGGCUCUGACCCGACAAGUGGAGCUUCUGAGUGGGAUGACGAGUGACAUGGGCAGCAUGCUCAACAACGGCCACAGCAGUCAUAAUCAGAAUCACACAAAUCAUCUGCAGGAGAACCAUCAGGAGAUAAAAGAGGUGAUCUAUGGGAAGGGGGAAGCUCACACUCAGAGCCAUGGUCGCCUCCACAUUCAGUCCAACCACAGCGGACUGAGCAGUCAGUCCAGUCCUACAUCACCACCUGUAACCUACUCGUCCUCCCCAAGCUCUAACAGUCCCUCUGUUGGCUCCAGAGUCUCCUCCAUGGUGACAGGCCCGGUGUCAAGCAGCAGCCCAUCAGCUGCUCGCUUCUCCAGCCGAGCCACAUUUGCUGUGUCAAGCAAGACCAAUAGUAUUGAGCGAGAAGAGCCAAUAGAGGUGGACCCCGCCCCAACACAUGCUGCACUGGAGAACGGACACACUGCCUCUACAGAUUUUAAAUCUUGUCUUUCAGAUCAUCCAGUGUUGGUACAUGGAAAGAUCUCGCCCCCCGUUGACUUCCCUCAUGAGCAUACAGCACCUGUCGCCAUGCGGAUGCCCCACCUCCCCAUCACUGCAACAACCAAGACAGCUGAAAUGAAGGGUCCCGACUCUCCCAGCAGCCCUGUUGGCUCUCGAUCCUCUCCUGUCUCUGAUUCCUCCCCUGCCAGCCAAUCAGGCGUCAGCUCCAGCCAGAACCACCCAGUCCAGGAUUCUGUAAUUCAACCAGUAUCCUCCACAUGGGCACAUUCCCCUGUCAGAGCUCUGGGGUCUCCCCGCCUACAAGAUAAAUUAAAUUCAGCCCCAGUUAAAUCUGUGACAUACUCAGGACUUAUGCAGCAUGACCGAGACGGUGAUGAAAGCUGUAACCAAUCCUUCGGACAGGUAGGGGAGAGGAGGCGUGAGCUGGUGAGGUCACAGACUCUUCCUCGUAACAUCGGUGCUCAGGCUCGUCGCUCCAUCUUUGAGAGACUUGAAUCUGAAGCCAAUAACAGUCGCCCAAAGCCAGUGGACUCCAAACCUAAACUGAAGCGCUCUCAGAGUUUUGGGGUUUCCAGUGCCAGCAGCAUCAAACAGAUCCUCCUUGAAUGGUGCCGCUCUAAAACCAUCGGAUACCAGAACAUUGACAUCCAGAACUUCUCGUCCAGCUGGAGCGAUGGGUUGGCUUUCUGCGCACUGGUGCACUCCUUCUUCCCCACCGAAUUCGACUACACCUCUCUGUCCCCCGCAGACCGUAAACACAACUUUGAGCUGGCCUUUAGGACCGCAGAAGUGAAGGCAGGCUGUGACCGGCUGAUUGAGGUGGACGACAUGAUGAUUAUGGGACGUAAACCAGACCCCAUGUGUGUCUUCACCUACGUCCAGUCCCUCUACAACCACCUGCGCAAGUUUGAGUGAAGAAUAAAAGCUCAGGAUGUAAUGUUGAGCACAAUUUCUUUAUUUUUCCCUAUGUAACUCUGAGAGAUCAACUGUGGGGUGGGGGCGCUUUGAAAAGACUGCACCGCCCCCUAGUGGUGGCUAAAUCAACGUUCCUCUCCCGACUGCAGGAAGAGAGAGCACAGAGCACCUCACAGGCACACGCUGGACAGUGACUCUGGUAGAAAACUGCCUCCUGUGAUGUAAUGAAGAUAAUGAAUUUACAAACCAAUAUCAGGGUUGGUUUGUUUUAUAUGUGUGAGUUUGUGUGAAUGUCUGUACUCAAGACAUUUUGGAUGAUGAGUGCAACUAUCACUGUGUUAAGAGUCCAUUUAACUUCUACAUUGCACCAAUAGAGUUUGUGUAUUUCACUGAAUAACUGAGCAAUGGGUUUGUGAUGGUGAGGAGCACACUGUGGGCAGGUAAACUGACAAAACAAAAUACUGUAUGUUUUGGUGAGAAACAACUGUCCAUUUACAUGUAUGUCCACAUAUGCUGUGAUGUUGUGUUAUGAUAUGAGGAAUAAAAUCAAUAAACUGUA